GGGAUUAGUUGGCGGACGGUUGUCGCAUAGGGAUUAGUUGGCGGACGUUUUUGGGGGAAUUGAAACAUGUUUGGUGCAUACGUGGCGGCCGCGGGGCCCACCGCCCACUGGAAAUGGCCGGCAAGAAAAGCGCGCACUGCGCAGGAGUUCGGAGUUCCUCACCCUCUUCUUCUUCCUCCGUCGUCAUCAUCCCUCCUGCUCUGCUUCUGACCUUCGAACCAUUUUCUGCUCUGCUUCUUCUUUGAAAUACCCCUUUCUCUGUCUUUCUCUCAUGGGCAGCACUGAAGAUCCCAACAAACCCUCGAACCUGCAGGACCCUUCCUCUCCCUCCCAGCCUCUGCUCUCCAAACCCUACCCUUCCCCUCCAAUCGAGGAACCCCAACCCGACCCGCCUGACUCAGAUCAAACCCAGUACCUCCAGAUCUCCUACGCCUCCGGUCCCCGACCAUUCAAGGACCUCCCUUUCCUCUUCCUCUUCGCCGUCCUCGUUCUCGCCACUUUCGCCUUCGGGAUCUUCGCUGCCGUCAAUCGGAACCCCAAUUCGUCCCACGUCUCAGCCUACUACUACGACUCCAACUCUACUUCCUGCGUCAAAGACUCCCUCGGUCGAAGUUCGCUUCUCGAUUAUACCUCGUCUUCGAGUCAUCUUGUCAAGGAUUUGGUAUGGACCCUUGUGAUUACUCUGAUUCUGAGCGUACCCUUUGGUUUGGUGAUUCUUUUAUUGCUGAAGCAUUACACCAAACAGUUGGUGUACGUUUCGAUUCCUUUCUUCAUUGUAAUUCCCGUGUUCUUCAAUGUGUAUUGGUUUGCUGCGUGUACUGUUAGCUCCAGUUGCAGAGAUUCCUUCCCUCUGGCUUAUAGGAUUCUAUUGCUUGUGUUUGUGUUCUUGAUAAUUGGUGUGAUUGUGUGGCUAGUUGUGGUGAAUUGGCACCGAAUAGAGUUAACUGUGAGGAUAAUUGGGGUCGCAUCGGAUGCGCUGUCGAGGAACUUGGGAUUGUUUGGGGUUAUUCCGUGUAUGAGUUUGGGACUAGUGGUUUAUUUUGCACCUAUUGUUGUGUUUUUGGUGUUCGCGAGGUUGAAUGGAAAGAUCGUGCCGCACAAAUCUAGUGGAGAGUAUAAAUGUGUUUGGAAGCAGGAUAGUUGGGUGCCUGCCUAUUAUGCAUUGGCUAUUCUUACCAUGCUGUGGUCUGCCACCGUGAUGCUCGAAGCACAGGUUUUUGUGAUUAGUGGGACUAUUGCACAGUGGUACUUCUCCAAGGAUGAAUCCACGCCAAAACGAAGUAUAAGAAGUUCUUUGAGAAAUGCAUUUGGCCCCUCCUUUGGCACAGUCUGUCUAUCUGGAUUACUUAUUUGUGUUGUCCGUGUGGUGCGUGCUGCUGUUGAUAGUGCCAGACAACAGGACACUCCUGGGAUUGUGAACCUUGUACUCCGAUGCUGUGUAAACACCUUACUGACAGCUGUUGAUUUUCUGAACAAGUUCACCAUUAACUUUGCAGCAAUAACUGGUGAAGCUUACUGCAUUUCUGCAAAUAUGACAUAUGAACUUUUAAAACGUAAUCUUCUCUCGGCUGUUUUUGUGGAAACUGUAUCCACACGUCUAUUGGCUGGAAUUGUUUUCAUCUUCUCUGCAAUAUACGCAAUUGUGGUAUGUGCCAUCUUAAAGGGUGCAACCAACCUUGGGGCAGAUUCAUACUUGGUGGCUGCUCUGGCAUGGGUACUGCUGAUUGUGGUGCUGGCUUUCUUCGCCCAUGUGCUAGACAACGUGAUUGACACAGUUUACGUGUGCUACGCCAUAGAUAGGGACAAGGGGGAGGUUUGUAAACAGGAGGUUCAUGAGGUAUAUGUUCACCUCCCCAUCAGUAGGAACCACACACCAUCUCUUGCCCCAAGAACACUUGAUGUAUAAUUAUUCCUUGAAUUCUUGUGUAGUUCUUCUCUGCCCAAAAUUUGUUGUGUAUUAAAUUAGAACUGCUGUUGGCAACUUGUGCAUACAUCAUGUGCUGCAUUUGUACAAUUUUGAUGUUUGUUCAAUAAAAGAGGUUAGACCCCAUGAAACUUCCUGAGCA